AUGUCAAUCGAAUUUGAUCAGCUCCGAGAAUUAUUGCAGCAGCAACAAAAGCAGUUUGAAGAAGCGCAACUGAAGCUCAUUGAAUCGCUGACUCAGAAACUGCAUAUCCAGACAGCAGCAGUCAGUACUGCUCGCGUGUUGCCAUCAACUCACUCUUCCAAGGAACUCAUAAGACUGACUCCACUACAACAGCGCCACCAGCAGGUCGCUACAGUUUCAAUUUACACCAUGGAUCUGAGAUUCCUGUCACCAGUUAUUCGCAUUACUAAUCCCCGCACUUCAUCAUCCCUACUUGCGUUCUCCUCACAACGACCAAAAGCUCGAGAGUCCAAGGCCACGGGGCCUCAGCAGUGGUUCUAG